AGUUAUUACACCCUUUACUCCCAGUUCUUCCCCUCCCAUUCUCAAACCCUAACCGACGAAUUCAAAACCUCCAUAAAAACUUGUAGUUUUAUUCUCUUUCGAACCAAAAAAGAGAGAGAGAAUGAAGGGCUGGACGAAUCUAGGAGUUGUGGAUACGAUAUAUGAAGAGGAAGACAAUGGCUACUCUUCAUCUUCAUCUUCUUCUUCUUCGUCUCUUUCACUUCAACGUAUAGAUCUCUCCUCUCCUUCCCCUCCUCUUAAAUCCAGACUCCAGGAAAUAUGGUCAUUGGCUAGGGAUUCUGCGCCGGAUGUGCUUGUACAUGUGAAAGGAACAAGCUUCCAUCUGCACAAGAAAUUCCGGUUGGUUUGUGAGAUGGAGGCUGCGGCUGCAGGAAGAUCCGUGCGGAGGUGCUGCGUCUCGCCGGUGGUCGGCGGGUCUCGAUCGCUCCGGUCUCCAGAGCGGCGGUUUCUGAGGCUAUCGUCGUCUGGAAUCGGGAGCUCGGAUCGCGGCGCCGGUAGAGUUUUACGGUUGGGCAGGCAAAGUCACGAGAGAUUGAGCUUCCUCCGGCCGAUCAUGGCGGCUGACGAGGCGACUUCCUCGCCGCCCUCGGAUUGCGUCGGUGAACCUCUGCACCAGAUGCCAAUCAACGGAAGAAAGUCGACGAAUAUUGUAUGGCAUGAUUGUCCCGUCACCAAGUCCGACAGACAAGACUUACUUCAUCAAAAGGGAUGUGUCAUUUGGAUCACUGGCCUUAGUGGUUCAGGAAAGAGCACCCUGGCCUGUGCACUAAGCCGGACUUUGUACAGUAGAGGAAAGCUUACAUAUAUCCUCGAUGGUGACAAUGUUCGACAUGGACUAAAUAGCGAUCUCAGUUUCGAGGCAGAUGAUCGUGUUGAAAACAUACGGAGAGUAGGAGAGGUGGCCAAGCUGUUUGCAGAAGCUGGUGUAAUUUGUAUUGCCUGCCUGAUUUCGCCUUACAGGAGGGAUCGAGAUGCUUGCCGUUCUUUGCUUCCAAAAGGAGAUUUCAUCGAGGUAUUCAUGGAUGUGCCCCUCCAUGUUUGUGAAGCAAGAGACCCAAAAGGUCUAUACAAGCGUGCUCGCGCUGGAAAAAUUAAAGGUUUCACGGGGAUAGAUGAUCCGUAUGAACCGCCAUUGAAAUGCGAGAUUAUAUUACAACACAACGGGGACAAGGCUUCUUCUCUGUGUGAAAUGGCUGAGACUGUAGUGUCCUACUUGGACCAUAAUGGCUACCUCAUCGCCUAAACCAAAUUCCUCAACUUUCUAAGUUUCCACCCAUCAAUGGCUCCAUUUCCAGUAACCCAUUUGCACCCAGAGAAAAAAAAAAGAUUCAGUGGAAAUACACUUGCUUCACUGGCCACACUCUCUAUUACAUUAUUAUUACAUCACUUAGAUUCAGUGUCUGAUUUCUAGUGUAUAUUAUCAAAUCCCCUGUACCGAGAUUUUCAGAACACAUUGAUAUCAUGUAACGGUGUAUUAA